AUGUUUGAAUGUGUCAAAAAAGUCAAGGAAACAAUUAAAUUACCUUCGACAACAGUGCGUCUUUUAUUGCAGCAUGUACAUUGGAAUGAACAAAGACUCAUGGAACAAUUUUUUGAUCCAGAUUAUCAAGACAAGCUUUUUCGUGACGCAAAUAUUGUUAAUCCAUUCAAGAAGUCACCUAAUGUUGAUGGUGUCGAAGAUUUAAAAAGACAAUUAUCGUCGUCUCCUCUUCACUCUUUUCGUCGUCAAGGUUUGACACCAUCAACACCAUCAACACCAUCACCCAUGAUAAUGACACCACCGUCAUCACCAUUAAUAAACUUAAAACCAGUGACACCAAUUAUCGAACAUACCUGUGUCAUAUGUUGCGUGACGAAAUCAUCCAAUGAAAUGGGUGGUCUUAAAUGUGGCCAUGUCUUCUGUAUUGAAUGUUGGCAGUAUUAUCUAAUUAGCAAAAUUAUGGAUGAAGGUAUUAGUGAAACAAUUUCAUGUCCGGCGAAAUGCAAUAUUCGAGUCGACGACAUAACUGUUCUCCAUAUCAUUGAAUCGCAGGAUGUACGUAACAAAUAUCAGUACUUAAUUACAAAUUCGUUUGUACAAUGUAAUCGAAAAAUGCGCUGGUGUCCAGGAAAGAACUGUAAAAAUGCAAUCAAAGAAUUAUUAUCUUCGGGUGUGACCACGGUUACAUGCACUUGCCACACAUCUUUCUGUUUUCAAUGCGGUGACGAUGGACAUGAGCCAAUAAAAUGUGAAUGGUUAAGAAGAUGGCAUAAAAAGUGUCAAGAUGACAGUGAAACAAGUAAUUGGAUUGCUGCUAAUACGAAAGAUUGUCCAAAGUGUCACGUAACAAUCGGUAAUCAUGUUGCACUUCUACAAUAUUUGUUUUUCAUAUGUUAG